AUGAAGUCGGUUCGAGUCUUACUGACACGCAGAAAAUUUGAUGAUCAAUAUGUACUUGAUCUUUAUGAUCAUCUGUCACGCAGAGACUUUCAAGCGGCUGUUGCCUUGUUGAAUGACACAGUUCGACGAGCCCCUCCACCCGACAAUAAAUCGAUGUGGUGUGGAACUCUCUUAGCCAUCUGGUUACUGACGGCGGCAUCCAUCUAUAUGGCAUGGUUCCAGCUGCAGAAGGAUCCAUGGGUACUCCUCGUUCUUCCCGCAGUGAUGCUUUGCAGCAGUAUCUUGGCGGCAUGGAGACAUUGCUCAUUACAAUGCAAGUUUGAAAGAGCUGUACUGAAGACGUGUGAUCAGAUCAACGCCGUGGGGAAUAUUCGUGGCGCCCAUUAUCGACUGACCAGGAACGGAGUGCCUGUGAGCAAAAAAUCAUCUUUCCCAUCCAACAUCUGCGUCAAACCGAUUUAUGCAAUUCAAAUCGAUGUCGAUGGUCGAUACAGUGCCCUUGUUCAACAAACACAUAAGGAUGUGGGUUCAAAAGAUUAUGUCAGCUUAUUUAUCCAUGAACCGGCAGUGGCACGCGUGGCAUCCGAAAAGUCGCCUGACAUGUUCCUGGACGCACCCACCUCAAAUCCAUUACUUCCACCUUAUCAUGGUGCCUGCUGUAUUUACAGAGGCCGUCAAUAUCUGAAUAUCCAAAAGAAAAUCGUAGCAUUGAUGGUUCAAACCUUGCUCAUUCAGUAG